AUGGACUCCUCAAACCAGAGCGGGACGGAGGGUUCCACGGACAGGGUCAUGGCGCGCGCUCUGGGGCGCGCAGUGUUUGUGGAGCGCGUCUUUGGCGCAGACAUGAAUCUGAUGGCGACUCUCGUUCCUCCAGGGAUCCCUGCGUUCUGGGACUCUCCCCUGAGCCACGGGAUCAAUGUGUUUGUAGGACUGGUGCUGUGCUUUACUAUGUUGGGCCUGGGCUGCACGGUGGACGUGUCUCAGCUCGGGGAGCAUGUGCGUAAACCUAUCGGGGUACUUUUGGCGCUCGUGUGCCAGUUCGUCAUUAUGCCGCUCGUGGCCUUCCUCUUGGCGCUCGCCUUCUCUUUGGACGAUGUGGCCGCGAUGGCCGUGCUGCUGUGCGGCUGCUGCCCCGGGGGAAACUUAUCCAACAUCAUGUCACUGCUCGCGCACGGCGAGAUGAACCUCAGCAUCAUUAUGACCAUCUCGUCCACGCUGCUGGCGCUCGUGCUCAUGCCCCUGUGUCUGUGGAUCUACAGCCGCGCGUGGAUCAACACCCCAGUGGUGGACCUCAUGCCUUUCGGGGCCAUCAUCCUCACACUGUGCAGCACCCUCAUCCCCAUAGGGCUGGGGGUCUUACUGAGGCACCGACACUCGCGCGUAGCUGACAUGGUGCUCAAGGCCUCUCUGUGGUCUCUGCUGGUCACUCUGGUGCUGCUCUUCAUCUUGACUGGAGCCAUGCUGGGCCCGGACCUGCUCUCCACAAUCCCCGUGUCCGUGUACGUGGUGGCGGUGCUGAUGCCCGCGUGCGGGUACGCGGCCGGUUACGGUCUCGCGAUGCUCUUUGACCUGCCGCCCAACAGCCGCCGAGCAGUGUCUCUGGAGACGGGCUGUCAGAACGUACAGCUGUGCACCGCCAUCCUGAAGCUGGCCUUCCCCCCGCAGCUCAUGGGGGGCAUGUACAUGUUCCCGCUGCUCUACGCGCUGUUCCAGGCGGCGGAGGCGGGGGUCUUCAUUCUGGCCUACAGGUUCUACAGGAAGGAGGUCCUGCACAAAGCAGAGCCCAUGAAGGACACUGACGACAUCUCUUACCAGAGGUUCACUGACGAGGACUUUGACUCAUCCUACGGAGCAGUGACAGUGAGCGACCCCAACAGCAUCAGUCUGGACCCGUGCCCCCCAGACCCCACCCCCGUAUAUCCCCGCGCCAAAGACGCCGCGAAAUAUAAAAGUUACUCGUCCCAAUAUGGCGACACCGAAGCCUUCAACAACCAGCAGCGGGCGCAGCUCAAGUCCAUCCUGUCGCAGAUCAACCCCAAACUGACGCCGCGGCUGCGCAAGGCCAACACCCGGGACGUGGCGGUGCAGGUGAACCCGAAGAGGAGCGCCUCUGUGCAGUGCACCAUUGGCCCACGGACCCUGGUCGCCCUGAAACGGGACGUCCUUCUGGGGAAGAAGCCCGCGGGUGGAGGCCUCAGCCCGAAAUCCCCCGCAGCAGUUCGGUACCCGCGCACCAUCGCCGUGUACUCGCCCAUCGCCUACCGCAGCGUCACGUCCUUCAUGGAGGAAAACUCUGAGGCUGUUGGAGAGACUCAGACCAGCGAGCAGCACGACCUGACGGGGAAAGACGAAGAAGACCAAGAGAAUGAUACAAAAGUUACCACACAACGAAAGAAACCGGCCAAGCCAAAACAGACGAAAAGUGAAGAGGUCCAGACGACUCCCGACGCACUGAAGGGCAAGGCGCGCGUCCGCUUCCAGUUUCUUGAACAGAAGUACGGAUAUUACCACUGCAAAGAUUGCAAUCUGCGGUGGGAGAGCGCGUACGUGUGGUGUGUCCAAGGCACAAACAAGGUUUACUUCAAGCAGUUCUGUAGGAAGUGCCAAACUGAGUUUAACCCCUAUCGUGUAGAGGACAUCGCAUGCCACAGCUGUAAGAAGGCCCGGUGCAUCUGUGCAAUAACACCACGACACGUGGACCCGAAACGGCCUCACAGACAGGACUUGUGCGGCCGCUGCAAAGGAAAACGCCUCUCCUGCGACAGCACCUUCAGCUUCAAAUACAUCAUAUAA